GUCAACGCGCACACAGCCGCUCCUCCUUGUGGAAGAGAAAGACUCACAGUCAGGAGGCUGCGUGAAGAUGCAUGUAUUUGAGACAAUACAUAAUGAAUAAAUAGCGAGCUGAUAGGGUGUUGGGGUUUGCUCAAGAGCAGCGUCAAAAGAAAGCCCAUUCGUCCGGGAGACUUGUUUACAGGAGCCGUCCGAACCACGCUCUCGGAGGCCAACUCCUCCGGGGCGGCGCGCGGCUGUUUUUAGAGCUUUUUUUGGGUCGCUGCCCAUGAAAACAGCGGCGGACCAGAGCAGAGACGCAGGGAAGCAGACUGCAACAACACCGACACGCGAUUGUAUCCGAGUGUCCUGAGAAGCAGCGCGGCGGCACUUUGAUGUCAUGCAUCUUGAGCGACGGGGCGAGCACGUGCGCGUGGAGCAGACCGCUCGGUUCCUUGCAACUUUUCGCCCUCGGAGGCGGGGACAUGGAAACGGUUGCAAACUAACUCCGCCCGGGCCUCGGGUUUGCGAGGGAUGUUAAGCCCGCAUCUGUUUUCUUUUCUUUAUUUGUGUCGUUUUUUAAAAGUCUUUUGAGUCGAGUCGCGCUGUCAAACGUCGACAUGGAGAGUCCGGAGGAGUCCGGUCGGCCGAAGUCGGAGAGGAGGUUCGCCCUGACCUACGUCGGCUGGUCCUCGCUCGACAGGCGGACCACCCUGCCCAUGCUGCCGUGGCUGGUGGCGGAGAUCCGCCGGAGGAGCGAGAGGGGCGACUGCGGCCCCGCGGGGCAGCCGAGGGAGGUCCAGCUGGUGCUCAACCCGCCCUUCGUGCGCUGCGUCCCGGCCAACAGCAGCAGCUCCUCGGUGUUCAUAUUCGAGCACAAGGCGCAGCUCGUCUCGCGCUUCAUACACAACAGCAACGACCUCACCUACUUCGCCUACCUCACGCGGGGCCAGCCCGACAACCCCGAGUCCGAGAUGUCCUGUCACGUCUUCAGGGCCUGCGACCCCAACCAGGUCCCCGAGGUGAUCAGCAGCAUUCGCCAAGUGUCCAAAUCGGCCUUAAAAGAUGACGCCAAGCCCAAACAGGAAGCGGAAGAGGCCUUCUACAACUCCCAGAAGUUUGAAGUGCUUUACUGUGGCAAGGUGAUGGUUCUGCUCAAAAAGGCCCCGGUCACCCUCAUCGACGACUGCAUCGACAAGUUCCGUCUGCACGAGGUCGAGCGCAAGCGCCUGCGCCUGCUCGGCGGCCAGCGGGCGUCCACAGACGGCGCCCCGGUGGAGUUCCUCAUCGGGGGAGAAGGAGACCCCCUCUCCUCCGCUCUGAACGAGGGCACAGAGGACACGGAAGGCGCCGGACUGGACGACAUGGGCAGAGGUCAAAGCCUGUCCAACAGCGCCAGUCAGAGCAGCCUGCGCGGGGCCUUCCCCGAGUGCAUCCUGGAGGACUGCGGCUUCGAGGAGCCCCAGGAGUUCCGCACGCGCUGCAGCAGCCUGGCCGGCGGCCUGCAGAGGAAGCCGGGGGAGGGCGUCCUCCUGGCGCCGGCGCGCCGCCGGCACUCCAGCGCCCCCAACCACGUUCAGCCCUCCGACUCGGACAAGAACCGCACCAUGCUCUUCCAGGUCGGGCGAUUUGAAGUGAAUCUCAUCAGUCCGGAGAGUAAGUCCGUCGUGCUGGAGAAGAACUUCAAAGAUAUCUCGUCGUGCUGUCAGGGUGUCAAGCAGUCCGACCACUUCGGGUUCAUCUGCCGCGACCAUGCCGAGUCGGGCCCCGGUCAGUACGGCUGCUACGUUUUCCAGUGUGCCAGCGAGUCGCUGGUGGACGAGGUGAUGCUGACCCUGAACCAGGCCUUCACGACGGCGGCGGCCUUGCAGAGCAACAAGACCCAGAUCCAGCUCUGCGAAGCCUGCCCCAUGCACGACCUGCACAAGCUCUGCGAGCGGAUCGAAGGCCUCUACCCACCCAGAGCAAAGCUGGCUAUCCAAAAAUAUCUCUCCCAGCUGACUGACAACGAGCAGGCCGAGAUCUUUGAGCGAGUUCAGAGACUGAAGCCCGGCUCGGACCAAGAGGAGAACGAGCUGGCGGUGCUCUACCUGAGGCAGCUCUGUGGGAGCAAGCAGAAGUCCCACCUCCACAUCGGAGAGGCCCCGCAGAAUGCGGCGAGCGGCUCGUCGGCAGGAGACGGCACGGCCACCAGCAGUCGCUUCAAACUGGACAUCCUCAAGAACAAGGCCCGCUCCUCGCUCACCAGCUCCCUGGAGAACAUCUUUGCCAGGGGCGCCAGCCGGAUGCGAGGCCGUUUGGGAAGCAUGGGAAGCCUCAGCAGCUUUGAGAGGCAGGAUGAGGAGUCUCCCGGUCACUCCCCUCCGGGCUCCCCUCCCGCUUUCCCCGACGACGACGGCGGCGACGGCGGCGGAGACCCGGAAGCCGGCCUGCAGUUCCGCCAGCGCGCCCACACCUUCAGCCACCCGCCUGUGAAGAAGCGCAUCUCCUUCGAGGGCCAGCCGGCCGGCCAGAGCAGGCAGCAGCCGCCGCUGCGCAGACAGCAGUCGGUCAACCCCGAGCUGCUGCAGAGCAGUCCCGCCGCCGUCUCGAGAACGCGCAGCGUCUCGGAGAGCGAGUCCACCUUCGGCCUUCCCUCCUCCUUCUCCGCCCCCACUUUCCUGAAAAGCAUUUACCAGGGCUCGCUGGGCUCCCUGAGCUCCCUGGCAGACAGUGGGAGCCUCAAGAGCAAUGGUGAAGGCAGGAAGAGGACCCAGUCCGUGUGCAGCGGUGACUCUGUGAGUGGGGGGGGCCUCCUCCCCGCGACCCCCCGCCGGGUCUCCUGGAGACAGAAGAUCUUCCUGCGCGUCGCCUCGCCCAUGAACAGGCCGCCCGCCUCGAUGCAGUGCCCAGACCACCCUGACAGCAGCGAGCUGCCGCCCCUCUCCCCUCGCCUGGACCCUCUGGGCCGCCCGCUGCCCCCGCCGCGCGACCCCUUUUCCGGGGAGAGGCCGAAGAUGACGGGGCCCGACUACCGGGCCCUCUGGAAAACCGCCAUCCACCAGCAGAUCCUGCUGCUGCGCAUGGAGAAGGAGAACCAGAGACUGGAGGCGAGCAGAGACGAGCUGCACAUCCGCACGAUGAAGCUGCACUACCAGGAGGUGGGCCAGUGCUCCAAGGAGGUGCUGGCGCUGUGGGAGAGAAAGCUGUCGGCCCCGGGCAGAACCACGGUCCCACAGGACAAGGAGGAGGUGUACCGCGCUCUCAGCCAGGGCGUUCCCAAGAGCCGCCGCGGGGAGGUCUGGCUCCUCCUUUCCCACCAGCACCGGCUGCGUCACAGGCUGCCCCAGCGCCAUCAAGCCCCGGACACCCCCUACCAAGACCUGCUGAAGCAGCUCACCGCGCAGCAGCACUCCAUCCUGGUGGAUCUAGGCCGGACCUUCCCCACCAUCCAGUACUUCUCGGCCCAGCUAGGCGCGGGGCAGCUCUCCCUCUACAACCUCCUGAAGGCCUAUUCUCUGCUGGAUACAGAGGUCGGCUACUGCCAGGGCAUCAGCUUCCUGGCCGGAGUGCUGCUGCUGCACAUGAGUGAGGACCAGGCCUUCGACAUGCUGAAGUUCCUCAUGUACGACCUCGGCAUCCGGCAGCAGUUCAGACCCGACAUGGUCUCCCUGCAGGUCCAGAUGUACCAGCUCUCCAGGCUGCUGCACGACUACCACCGCGACCUGUACAACCACCUGGAGGAGCACGAGAUCGGGCCCAGCCUCUACGCGGCGCCGUGGUUCCUCACCCUCUUCGCCUCGCAGUUCCCGCUCAACUUCGUGUCCCGCGUCUUCGAUUUCGUGUUUGUCCAAGGGACCGGGGUGAUCUUCAAAGUGGCGCUCUGUCUGCUGAGCAGCCACGAGGGGGCGCUGGUGGAGUGCGACAGCUUCGAGAGCAUCGUGGACUAUCUGAAAACGACACUUCCCGCCCUCACUCUGGCCCAGAUGGAGCAGACCAUUGCCAAGGUGACGGAGAUGGACAUCUCCAAGCAGCUGCACGCGUACGAGGUGGAGUACCACGUCCUGCAGGACGAGAUGCUGGAAGCCGGGCCGCCGCCCGACGACUCGGACCGGCUCGACAAACUGGAGAAGACCAACGUGCAGCUGAAGAAGCAGAACAUGGAGCUGCUGGAGAAACUUCAGGCUGCGCGGCACAAGAUCCAGACGCUGGAGACGAGCGUGGAGAGCUUCCUGUCUCGGGAGAGCAAAAUGAAGCACAUGAUUCGCACUCUGGAGCAGGAGAGGGCGGCUCACCAGAAGACCAUCGAACGCAUGCGCUCGUGCCUUCCCCCGGACGCCCUGACGGAUGUGGAGAUGACCCAGAUCCAGACGGGACCCAACGGGAAAGCCAAAACCGCAGCCAAGAAGCCCUGAUGGCGACCGGGGUGGGGAGGCGGGGUCGGGGUCGGGGU